AUGGAUGUAGAAAACAACGUUGAUGCGAAUGCCAACGGAAGCUUGGCCGCGACAGCCAACCAGCUGACAAAGUUCAGGUUCCAAUACGAUGAGGACGAAGAAGCUGAAACCAUCGAAGAAGUGGCCACCGAGAGCUCGAAUCUUGAUGAGGAUUCCUUAGUCACUGGGGAUGAUAAGACCAGCGCUGAUUACUUCUUCGAUUCCUACUCGCACUUCGGCAUCCAUGAAAGCUUGAGUUCUGAUGGUGGAGUGUAUGAUUGCGAUAGUGAUUCUGAGGGUUUUGUCAACGACUCAAUUGAUGAUGAACUUUGCUUUGCCACUGAUGACAUACCCAAGCUGCAAUUUAGGAAAGAGAGGUCGAAGGCGCAGUGGAUUGAAGAGUUGGGAAUGGCCGAGGUGCUGGAGAAAAAAGGUAGACUGUGGAUUACAACUGGGAUAAUUCGUAAUGGAAAGACAUAUUGCUCAAUAGAAGAAACUUUGUAUUUGGCUGAGAUAGGUGCCUUGGAUAUCUUGAAUGUUGACAAUACUCCCCUUCCCUUGAGUGAUAUGUACACAAAGCUAGCAGAAGACGAGGAAAAGUAUGGAUGCUCUUGGGAGUCUUUUGAGGUUUACCGGCACCUGAAGUUUCUCGGGUAUAUUGUUGGCCGACAUGGUGUGGCUUGGUCCAUGAAGAAUGUGAAAAAUAAAACCAAUGCUGACGGUAGGGGAGAAUCCUGCAAUGUCGAUGACAGUUUCAUCACAGAUAUGUUUGGUAACAUGCAUAUUGGUGGAACUAGACCAAUAUUCGAUGUUUUUCCUCCUAAUAGCAAGUUCAGAAAGUCUUCUUCAGGCAAUCCAUCUUUUAUGCUCUGCCUAGCCAGUGGCCACCCUCCAUCCAGACAGGAGAUCGAGGACCUUGAGACAUGCUGUGGUCAAAUUCCUCUCAAAAUCUAUGUGGUCGAGCAUGGGAGAGUUAGUUUCUUGUCGUUCACCAAAGUCGAGCUGCCCACCCUUCCAUGACCUAUUUGCAGCCAUAUAAAGAUACAUAUAUCAACAGAUAAGGUACGGUUACCAUUUAUGCAAGUCAUUGCAAAAAAUGUUGUAUGCCUUUUGUCAUCGAUGUUUAAGAGGGUGUUUGGGUAUGCUUAUUCAUAAGCUCCGAUCGCUUAGCUUAUAAGAUGUUUGAAGAACUUAUAAGUUGUUAAUGUGUUUGGAUAAUUGAGCUUAUAUGCUAAUUGUGAGCUAGAAAGAAAAA